AUGUGGAAUGAAAGUUUGAUAAGAUCUACAUUUCGCCCACAUGAGGUCGAUACUAUUCUGUCAAUACCUAUUGCUGCGGGAAGGAGGGAUGAUUCUAUUGUUUGGCAUUAUUGCAAAGAUGGAAGGUAUACAGUGAAGUCAGGGUGUUGGUUAGCAUCAGAGCUUCAGAGGGUUCAUGAAGGGUCAGUGGGUUGUAGCAACAGUAGCAAUAAGGAAGGUACCCAAGUUUGGGACACUUUGUGGAAAUUAAGAAUUGCUAAUAAGGUGAAACUUUUUCUUUGGCGUGCUUGUAAAGGCUUCCUACCUUGUGCUGCUAAUUUGUUCAGAAGGUAUAGGGAAAUUCUAACCUUUGUUGCCGAUGUGGGAGGGAGGAGGAGACAACAAUCCAUUGUAUGUGGAGCUGUCCGUGGUCUAAGAAGGAACAGAUUUAAGCACGAAGGAGUUGUGGAGGAGAGUAAGCAUAUUGUAUGGAGUGCGAAUGAGUGGUUAAACAACUUUCAGACCGUGACUAAAGAUGCAACACAAAAGAGAGUGAAAGUCAAGUGGAGGCCACCUACUGCACCAAAUCUGAAGUUGAAUACUGACGCAGCAAUAGAUUAUAAAAAGAAGAAGGCUGGUCUAGGCAUGGUUGUACGAGAUGGUGAGGGGAAAUUGAAGUGUGCAGGGCACAAGGUACUGCCAGGAAACCCAUCUAUUGUUGCUAUUGAAGCUCUUGCUGUCUAUCAUGGAUUACUUUUAUGUAGAGAAGCUGGUUUUCAGAACUUAGUAGUGGAGAGUGAUUCCACCAUAGUAAUUGAUGCGUUGAAUAAGACAAAGCUUGAUCUUAGUGUGGAGGGUGGAGUCUUGGAUGAUAUUAAGUGCUUGGCUUCAACUUUGAAUCAGUCCUGUGGAAGAGAGUCAAUAGAGAAGGCAAUAUUGCUGCACACAAGAUGGCAAAGCAUGCCUUAA